AUGUGGGUGCUUUUGAAGUACUAUUUGAUGGGUUUCUGCACCAAAUUGUUACUUGUUAGGAAGCCUCCUCCUACUGAAACGAGCACGCUUAGCUUUGCUGGGAUGCAGAGGAAUUUGAACUUCUUUUCCUUGCCUGAUUCUACUAGCAGUGGGGUUGAUGAGGAAGGUGAGUGCUCGUUGUCUAAGUCCAAGGAGUGCCCCUUCGUGUUUUGUCCCGAGACUGGAAAACUCAGCAAGCUUGAGUUGCCGUCUCCCUUUAAAUCGUGGCCCCAAGUUCAAGUCAUAGCUAAUUAUGUACCCUCCCAUGUUUCUUUUCGGGAUCUUUACAUGUAA